UAUGAAUUAAAUAAAAGUAUAGAAUGGCAACAAGUCUUUGUAUUAAUAAUGUUCCAGAAAAGAAACCAUGUCCUUAUAUGGAAAAAUGCUAUCGAAGAAAUCCGAUUCAUUUCAAUGAAAUGUCACAUCCACAUUUAGAAACAAUUGUAAUAAAACAAUUAGAAGGUGAAAUACAAGUACCUGAAAAACUUGAUUUUGAAUGUUCUGAUCGAUCUCUCUUGUUGGAUCAAUUGAAGAUUUUACAAAUAAUAUUAAGAAGAGAAAAGGCAGGAAGUGAUUCUUCGAUCAAAGAAUUAAAUUCUAAAAUAAGUAAUACCAACAUAAAAGUGAAAAAUGAAAAUAGUACUAUGGAUAGUCAAGAUUUAAAAGAUAAAGUAGAAAAACAUAAGCAAAUAAUGCUUCAAAGAAGAGAAAAUAAAUUGAAAGAUAUGGAUGAAGAAGCAGAGGCGCUUUUUAAAGCUUCUAAUGAAAAAAAAAAUAAAGAUCAAUAUAAAGUUUCUAAAAUGAAAGAGGAUUUAGAUAGUCUUAAAAUAAUGGAAGAAAGCGUGGAGAAGAAUUGUUCUCAAGACAAAAAGAGAGAUAAUAGUGAUUUUCAAGAUAAUGAAAGGCAUAACAAGAAAUCAAAAUCGAGUCAUAGCAAACAUGCUGAAAUGGAUGAAAAAUAUGAUUAUAGAAAUAGUCAAGAACAAUCAAAAGAACCAUCUUCGAUAAAAACAUUUCAAUCGUGUAAAUCUACAAGAGAGAAAGCAAUUAAAAUGAUGAAGAAGCACGGAUAUGAAACAUUGUCGUCUUUGGUUGAACCAGGAAAUUUUGCUAUGAAAUAUGCUUGUUCAGCACCGUAUCAUAUAUUUUUUUCAACUGUUAAUAGAUCAAAAGAAACGUACGAUCAACCAUUUUCUAUAACGCUUCCUGAAAUUCUAGAUAUUAGUUUAGGAGAAAUAGUAAACAGCCUCCAUAUUAAUUUUAUGGUUGAUAUUGGGUGGUUACAUGUUCAAUAUAUGUUGGCUGAACAAAACACAAACAUGUCCAUUUUACUCGGAGAAAGAGUAGAUACAGGACCAGUGGGUUCAAAUGUUACCACGUUCUAUGUAGAUAUGCCGACAAAAUUUGGUUGCCAUCAUACGAAAAUUAUGAUUUUAAAAUAUAAAGAUGACGGCAUACGAGUCGUGGUAUCUACCGCUAAUUUAUACAUGGACGAUUGGGAGAAUAGAACACAAGGAGUUUGGAUAUCACCGCAUCUUCCACCAUUGUCAGAAUCUGCAAAUUCCAGUGAAGGAGAAUCACCGACGGGUUUCAAGAAGGAUUUAGAACGCUAUUUGAAUAGAUAUAGGCAGCCAGGUAUAACAGAAUGGACUUGUGCAGUAAGAAGAGCAGAUUUUUCUUCGGUAAACGUAUUUUUUUUGGCUUCUGUUCCGGGGAGACACACGGAUAUGGAAUAUGAUUCUUGGGGACAUAGAAAAUUAGGUUCCAUUCUUUCCAAACACGCUAAAUUACCGCCUGACGCGCCCCAAUGGACAUUGGUUGCUCAGAGUUCGAGUAUCGGUAGCUUAGGUCCUAAUUACGAGAGUUGGCUUCAGAAAGAAAUUACAUCCUCGAUGUCGAAAGAAAAUCCAGUAGGUUUAAAAAGUCAUCCGAAUUUCCACUUCAUUUAUCCGUCUUUAAACAAUUAUAAACGAAGUUUUGAUUGUCGAGUUGGAUCUUGUUGUCUACCGUACAGUCUUCAAACACAUUCAAAACAAAAAUGGAUAGAAUCAUACAUGUAUCAAUGGAAAGCCAAGCAAACUGGUAGAGAUAAGGCAAUGCCUCAUAUAAAAACUUAUACAAGAAUCUCACCUGAUUUGAAAAGAAUACCUUGGUUUGUCCUCACUAGCGCUAAUUUAAGUAAAGCAGCAUGGGGGACAGUUGGAAAAAAUUCUCAUUACAUUAUGAAUUACGAAGGGGGUGUUGUAUUUAUUCCAAGCUUUAUUACUGGAUCAUCAACGUUCCCCAUAAAGGAAGAAGAACCUGGUGUUCCAGUUUUUCCUAUUCCAUACGAUCUGCCAUUAACUCGAUACGAAAAAAAUGAUUCGCCGUUCGUUAUGGAAUUUUUCUCUACCGAAUAAUAAAUAAAAAUUGAAUCUGAAUAUCUAGAGAGA